AUCACCACCUACUAAAAAAAAACACACACAUCAUCACCAAGUGUCAUUGGAUGACUCGUCCAACCGCCACUCCUAUUGAGCAAAGCCUAGGGCGGUGACAAAGCCAAUUUUCUUGCUGGGCACAAUCUCGGUGUACCCACUGCCCAGUUGCCUGGGCUCAUCCAACACAUUACUCCUUUCAAGCCACAACAACUUUCCUCUGACGGUCGCCGUCCUGCUUUCCACGUCCCCUACAAAACUAAUCGGGGUCCCCCGUCUUCCCACGCUUCUUCGACCUUCCCACCACCGCGCCGACUGAGGGGGAAAAGAAAAGAACAUAUCCACAUCAUCACCAUGGCACCAUCCAAUAAGGAGUCUGUCACCCGACGAAAGUCCGGCAAGGGCCUCAUUGUUACCUUGCACGUCUCUCCCCAGAAACUAAAGGAUAUCAUCGAACCUCUACCCGUCAAGGAAUCGCCUCCAGCCGCAAGCACGCCCGAAAUACCUGAGAAGGAAGAUGUCAAGGAACCCGUCAACGGGUCGACUGACUCUCCCACUCCUUCGACAACCAUUCCUGCGCCUGGAGCAUCGAACGGCGAGAAUGCUUCCGACUCGAACCCUGCCACGCCUGCCGUCAACGGAGAGGGGACACCGGCCCCUGGCACCAUGGGUCCUCCUACCGAUGGGCCCAAGAAGAAGGGUACAAAGCGUUCUGCUGCCGCGGCCAACGGUGUCGGAUCUGACGGCCAAGCAAAGUCUCGGGGCAAACCCGGGCCCAAGAAGAAGGCAAGACUUGACGAUGAAUUGAACGGCAGCGGAAGGGGAGCUGGGCUACACAAGCUCGGUCCCAAGGCGAAUCAGGGCGCUAUCAACGCCGGACUCCGCGCUCUCGACCGGUCCGGCAAGCCCUGUCGGAAGUGGUCGAGGGGCGGCUUCCAGGUAAAGAGCUUCACGGGCGUCGUCUGGGAAAUCCAUCGCUGGACCGCACCGCCUAAACCUGCGCCCGAGCCCGUCGCCGAGGGCUCGGUCGCCGCUUCGGCCGACAGCAGCGCCAAGGAGAAUAAAGAGAUCAAGAGCGACGAGGUCAACAGCCCCGUGCCGGCGGACAGUGCCGCUGACAGUUCGGCCGAUGCCGAGAUGCGCAAUGGCGGUCUUGAAAACGGUAUCGAUGCCAGCUCUCCGGCCCCCGUGCCCAUCUCGGCGGCAUGAGCGCGUUUGUCGGUAGUUACGGUCUACUUGACGCGCACAUAUCUUGCAUUUUUUCUGCCCUUCACGACAUCACUGAUCGUGGGCAUGUACUACACCAUUGAAUCUGGAGCUCCGCCUCUGCAAGCAGGCAACCCGGCUGGGGUUUUUUUUUUCCCGCACGUGUUAUACACGCACAUUCACAUGACAGACUACUUGCCGGCGGAUUCC